AUGGUCGGGUUCCUUAUAGGACAUCGCGGAGAUAUCUUAAUGUCUCGAAAGCUGCCUCGAUGGACAUGUAAGCUGAAAUUCUUAGAAGAAGAAUCAGGAAACUUUGCUGAAGCAGCGGAAAUAGCACGGCUGAAUGGUGAUAUUCUUUGUGAAGCUGAUCUUCUCGGGAAGGGAGGGGAUUUCGAUAAGGCGUGCUCACUCGUCCUUUUAUAUGUGCUCUCUCACUCCUUAUGGAUGGACGGAAGCAAAGGUUGGCCUUUGAAAUCGUUCGUGCGAAAGGAUGAACUCCUAAAGAAGGCGACGUCGUUCGCGAAGCAUGGGUCAAAUUUUGAAACCAUGUGCACUGAGAUUAAAGUUUUAGCAGGUGAGUCAGGUGACUGGUCCGACUUGAAGCAUAUAUUCAGUUCCUCUCAGAAAAGUAAAAGUUUCCUUGGUGAAAUGUUGUGCUGUAGAAAAAUCUUGGAUUUUCAUAUUCGAGUGGAUGUAAAGAAGUAUGUUUGGGAUGAUAAGUUAUUGGGCAAUCUACAUGAUUUGGAAGAACUGAUUUCGUGCUGCCAGGUUAGUGUUGGGACAAUGCUUCACUUUUGGAAUUCGUGGAAGAAGAAUGUCAUCGAUGUUCUUGAUUCUAUCCAGUGCCUCGGAGACGUAAAUUAUGGUGAAUUCAAGGAGAUUGGAGAAUUCUGCCUAAAAUACUUUGGCGCAAGGCAGCAGAUGAAUGGUCUCAACAUUACGUAUGUUCUGCUUCAUCCAGCAGCCGAAUGGGUCAAAAACAUUCAAAACUUUGUCAUUAAACGGAACAAACAGAUGGUAUUUGUUGAUGCUCGGCAUUUUAUUUCUGCUGCCCGGACUCAUUGGCAUACAGAAUUACUCGUAGUUGGUCUUAAAGUUCUCGAAACUCUUGCAUCCCUCUAUGAGUUGGCCGUAAAGUCAAUGCCUCUGUUUUGUCAAAGCAUGUGCCUACUAAAUGUGUACGAGAUCGCAAAGUUUUUGUUGGAGUCCGAACACCAUGAUGGGAGAAUACAUAACUUUCUGAUAUUGUCUGGAAAAUACUUUGAAAAGAUAUUCCCCCUCGAUCCCCGACAAUCAAUGGUGGACAGUAUGAUUGUUCUAAGGAGAACAAAGCUUUCAUGUGACGUACUUCAAGAAUUCAUUGUUCGAGACAUUGGCACCAGUGAUCUUCUUAGUUAUGGACAGAUUGGAAGGAUAGUGAUGAUAUGGCUUGCUUCUGGCAAUCUUUCCGAGGAGCUGUACAAGAAAGUUGUUGGAAGAAUCCCAUCGGAUGUUCCUUGGAAGUCAUUCUUUGAAACUCUCAAUUGCAUGAAACAGAGGGAAUGUAUGGAAGAUUUUGAGUCAGGCGAUUCUGUUGGAGGAAAAUUGUUGGAAUUUCAAGAAGUUCUAUCGAGCGACGGUAAUCUUGAAUGUUCUGAGGGAUCUUCAAACAAUGCGGCGGAAACUAUGGAGGUUACGUUAUUGCGGAAAUUUUGUGAUGCUUUGCAGGAUACCUUCAGCGCAAAUUGGAUGAAAAUAGAUGACUUUUUCUCCCCAGUGUGCUUCUUGUAUCUUCUUGAGCGCUUCCUGAUUUUGGUAUCUCAAUAUCGUGGAAUCUUCUUCACUGCAAAAUCUUCAUUUGUGGAGUGGCUGAUAUCUGAGCAGUUUGAAGCCCGAAAGACUUCCACGCAUGCAAUUAACACACAGCUUCUAGAAGAAUUUUAUGAUUCCGUACUCGUGAUGGUGCAAGAAUUGAUUUAUGAUAAAGCAGGUACAGUUGAGUGGAUUGAACGAUCGAGAAUUAACAUUCAUCUGUACUAUAAGCAAAUGUUUUUGAGACUGGUUCUUGUCCUGUGCUUACUGUGUGUGAACUGUGAGAAAUACUAUGAUGUUCUUUUCAAAGUACUCAGUAUCGAUGAUGUUAGGAACCAGCUUCCGGAGGAACUUUAUGACAUUCUUCAGCGAGGAAUGGAGAUUAAUUACGUUCAGAUAAAUGAUUUUGGAGAAGCUUUUGAAAAGUGUGGAGAUCCUCUUUUGGUUGUCACCCUUGGUGAGAUUGUUACGGAAGUCGAGUAUCCCAAUGUUGUUUCGGUGCAGUUGGGAACAAACUGCAGCAGAGAAGAUAUCUUGAGUUUGUUGCUUCCACCUAGAAGUGACAGUUCACUAGUUCAAACUGUCACUGUUCCGGAAGUCAUGUCUGAUCCAUCCGGGAAAAUUUCCGUAAUUUCUGGUGAUCAACCAAACAGUUUGGCAAUGCCACCUUCGGCAGUUACUUCCGUGUCAGAUCAACAGAUGAAUUGGGCCGUGUUUCAGGAAAUAUCGAAUGUCUUGAAGUCUAUUGGCAAUGAUGGCUGUGGAACUUCUGCACUUGACUUAACGGUUAAUCUGAAGGAGGAAAUGAAUGCUAAUAUGAACUUCUUGACGGGUGCAAUUAAUCUGUGCUCGGGGAAGAAACUUUAUGCUGGCGAGGACAUGAUGGAGGAAGCGCGUAAUAUGCUUCAGGAGCUGUUACAACUCGAUUCAUUAAUGAAUAAAAGCACUCUGGAACAAGAAAGCAUUGAACAAUUGCUAAAGAGCAUUCUGUCAAAAAAGCCCAAGCUAGAAGCUUUCUUGAAUCAGCUCAUCGUGCCUAAGGAUGUAAGUGUCGCGUUAGAGAACCAAUGCGCGGAGAAACUUGAUGUAGCAUGUAAUGAAGUUGCUUCGACGGAUCUUCUUCCAUCUGUCAGUACUUUUGAGACCCGAGGCGGUGACCAGGGUGCUGGAAAGCAGGGAAAAGGAAAAGGGAAGUACAAGAAACGAAAAGGUAAAAGGAGGAAUUAAGUGAACAUGAAACCAUAGCGUAUAGUGAGCAUGAUAUGACUUAUUACUGUACUUUUUGUGUAAUUUCUUUGUGUUGUGAAUAUAGUGAGUUGAAAUGAGUUUUGUCUGGUGUUUUAGAGGAAAUGUUAUGAGAUAUAGUCAAAGUUAAAAGG